AUGUUUGGCUUCAAACAGGUGGAGAACCUGGAGGAUGGCAGCGAGCUCGAGGCUGAUGUUUCUUUUCAAAUGAAACGGUCCACGUGGAAGACGGCUGUAGCACUGGCAACUGCAAUGGUCGUUUGUGUUGGCAUUUUCGCCUGGUCAACGAAUGGCUUCAGCCGCAGCUGCAGCAAUGUUGGAGCUUUGCAAGGCAAGUCUUCUUUGGACCUUAGUUCCGCCAUCCGCAGCACUAGUGAAAAACUGAUUCAGGCAACCAAGAACAACCAAACUCUGGCUGAUGAGACUGUGCUGAAGGCCAUGGUGAAGGCAGGUCGCAAGGUUCAGGACCAUUGGGAGAAGCACCACAUCCGCAAAUUGGACACUCUUAUGACCAUCAGAAGGGUGAAAGGAUUCCGCCAAAGACAAAAGGCCAAACUUGCUGGAAUGGCAGAAUGCUCCUUCAACAUCUUGGAGGCAUUUGUCUCAGUGGUGGGUAUGGGUGAUGACAUCAAUGCCAUCAUUCGCACUUGCCCUGCACCUCGUGAUGGUGAGUCUGAGUUGGCUUGCCAGGUAAACGGUGCCAUCCUGGGUGCUUGGGUGGGCAACCUUGCUGCCAAGCUGGCCUUGGCAGCUUCAGAUUGUGCCUUGAGCCUCAACGUGGAUGCCAUUUGCUCUGCUGGUGUCGCAGGCUUGGUGUCAGCCAUGGGAGAGAUUGCAGCUGGAGCUUCUUUGGGUGUGGCCUGUUCCGGAACUCCGCCACAACUGACCACCACCAAGGUCAGUGUCCUGGGAGAUCAGACCGUCCGGGACAGCCGACGUUUGCUGAUUGGAGAAGGCGCUGUCGGCAAUGGUGUGCAGUGUGGUGUGGAUGUGGGCAUGGUGGCAGCCAACAUUGCAAACAUGGGUCUUGCCAUCAACAAGGCCGUGAAUGUGCACAAGUGCAAAGCGAGCACCUUCCGCUCACCAUUGAACGUGUUCAAGGGCAUCCCAGAGACACUUUGCACCAUUGACAUUGGUGGUGCUGUGGCGUACAUCGGUGAGGUUGUUACCUUCAUCAAUCUCAUUGUGGACUUUCUGGAUGUCAACGCACUUUGUGCUGGCUCCAUAGCUGCGAUCACCACGGGUGCAGCGGCCAUUGCGCCCUAUGGCGCAGCAGUGCACGCGGCCUGCGCGAACAACCAUUUCUUGAAGACACCCAAGAGUCAAGCACAGCUUUCGAAAUUGUGGUAUUCCCCAGGCUAUGAUCCUGUGUCAGGCUUGCGUCGACGCUUGACGGAGGAGGAGACGGCUGCUAAGCAACCCUUGAAGGAAAGCUUGUCUCAGAUCGCGGCAAACCGUGAGACUUUGGAGGAGCUGAAGAAGGCGACGGAUGUUCCCAAGCCGGGCAACACAGAGGCAGACAUGGAGACUCUCUUGAACCUCAUGGGCGGAGAGGACAAGGCGCGUGCCGCCUGGCCAUUUGAAUGCUAG